AUGGCUCUGCCGGUUCAGCGUGCAUGUGAAAUCAUGCGACAGGUGGGAUUCGUGCAGGUGGAAACGGUUGAGAUUGUUCAUAGAACGCAUAAAGUGGUUGAGCUGGCACGUCAAUCGUUGGCUGAUUUCGACGCAUCUGGAGAUUCAGCAGUGAUUCAGGGUACACGUUCCGGCAGUGAUCGCGCAAGAAAGAGGAAACUGGAGGAAGAUACGAAAGAGUACGGUUUUAAGUUCCCUAUCAUUGAGUGUUUAUUCAUAUAA